CGGCUCAGUGCUCGCUGCCGGCCCGGUGUUAACAUUAAAGCCGCCCCCGCCCGGCAGCGCCUCUCUGAGUGGAGCCGCCCCCUUUCCUGCCGCUCGCCGGCCACUGUGGGGAAUUCACGUCAAAGGUUGGCUGGCGAUCCAUGAGCAACGAUGAGAUCAACAGGCCGCCAGCUUCCUCUUCCCGGAAGGAGGGCCGCGCUCCAGGGAUGUGAUUGGCAGCGGCCGGCCGGAGCGCCGCUACUUCCCCCUGCUCGGCGCUGAGGCUUCCCGGAACCCGGCUGGGGGCUGCGGGUCGGCCCGGGGCCGCUUCCCCCUCGCAACGGCCCACAGGCAGGAGGCCAGCGCGGACCAUGUCGGAAGCGGCGGCGGCAGCCAGUGCAGGCAUGUCCGAGGCCUUCGCCCAACCUCACAUCAAGGAGCGAAACGCAUACACCCCGCCCGUCAGCCCCGUGCCACCGUUUCCCAGCUCCAUUCACGGGGCUGCUUCCGAGGGUAGACACAUGGCAGAUGGAUCACAUACUCUUCCCACCCACCUUCGCAGUACCUGCAACCAUCGCACCGGGGCCACUAAAGGAGCCGUAGUUACCUGUCCUGCUGAUCCUUGGUACAUCAUCACUGCCAAAAAGAAGGAUGAAUUAUUACAACCCCUUGCAACAGAGGCCUUCCAACCUCCCAGCAGUACUUCUGUUUUCAUGUACUGCCAAAGACUGCAGCCUGUGUUCUGGAGCAGGCUCGACGUCGGUCAGUGGCUGAAGUGGGCGGAGCAGGAGUACUCUCUGCGCCCGAUGGACUGCAACAUGUUUGAGAUGAACGGCAAAGCCCUGUGCUUGCUGACCAAAGAGGACUUCAGGUAUCGCUGCCCGCACUCAGGAGAUGUCCUCUAUGAGUUACUGCAUCACAUUUUGAAGCAGAGGGAGUCACCUGUGUGGUACCCACCGUUCCUGCAGUGGGGGAGUACGCCACAUAAUCCGCCUGAGAUCAUCCUUCACAAUCACUUGGAAAGUGCGGUGCACAGAAACUUGCGGUCAUCGGAACAGGCCGGCCACCAAAUGCAGCCCUCCGCGGAGCGGUUGCUCCAGUCGCCGGCGCGCAGCAACCACCGGCUCUCUCCAGAGAUGGAUCAGGAGAGCUCGCAUAACCUCCUGCCGCCAACGGACAGGAACCAGACCCCCAGGUCUCAGGCGGAGAACACGCACAGCUCCUCGCCAGACAUGGAGCAGAGACUUUCCAUUUCCCCGGUCGAUGAGAACCACUGCCCCUCGGGCAAUGAACAGAUGCUACAUCCGCAGCAGGCGAAUGGCUCGCCGCAAGACAACUCUCGCUACAUCCAAUUAAUUCCCACUUCCAUGAUGAACCCCAUUAUCUUUAACAGCAGGCAGCCAUUGGAGUUCAGGCCUAGACCGUCAGAGGAGAAUUCACACAAGGAGAAGCCAUUAAACCUUUCCCAUAAGGAGGAACAACUGUACAGGAACCAUCUCAUGGUCCCUGUGCAAGCCCAGGAAGAGCCAUUGAUGCCCAUAGGGAGGAUUGCAGACUGCAGGCUCUUGUGGGAUUAUGUCUACCAGCUGCUGUCGGACAGCAGAUAUGAAGCGUUCAUCCGAUGGGAAGAUCACGAGUCAAAGGUUUUCCGAAUCGUGGACCCUAAUGGCCUUGCACGUCUGUGGGGGAACCACAAGAACAGAACAAACAUGACGUAUGAGAAGAUGUCAAGGGCUCUUCGCCAUUACUACAAACUCAACAUCAUCAAGAAAGAGCCUGGACAGAGGCUCCUGUUCAGAUUUAUGAAAACACCGGACGAGAUUGUCAACAGUCGAUCAGACCGCCUGGAACACCUGGAGUGUCAGGAGAUGGAGGAGCCUCUGUACCAGGACGAGGAAUGUUGAAUGUGGUAGCAGGGGAAACUUGGUACACUUGCUGGAUAUGAAUUACUUGCCAAGGUGUAAUGGUUGAUGGACUGGCAACCCCGAGCUCUGGAGCAGAAAGUGGCUCUGUGAAGUGCUGGAGACACUUGCGGCUCACCUAGUAGUACUCCAGAAUAUCGCUAUAUCUAUUCUACACUGCUGUUUCAUUACUGUGACAACCUUCAACCAUUUAUUUGACCAGUGAUUGGGAGUUGCUAAAGAUACGCAGAGGUUCAGCCCAGACCCAGAAGCCUAAAAGGAGUAGAAGAUGCUGCCAUCUCUGAUGCCCCGUCAUGGGCUCUGUUCUACUUCCGGGCCAGGGGAGUGGAGCCAGACCUGACUGAUAGAUCUCGUGCUGGAACUCUGUCUGUGUCAGCCUGCUAGGGUGGGGGAGUGGGGUAUCCUGCUGUCCAAUGCACUAUUUCUCUUAAUAGUUAUAACUUGAAUUUUGAGUUUUUUUAAAAAAAAAUGUAAUUUCUCGCUCUUUCUCUCUGAGCUCAUGCUGAGAAUCCAUAUUUCUGACAAAAACACACUUUGUAUCAACUCUUUUUAAGCAAUGCUACACCUCAAAUUAAAAUGAAAAUGGAUUCGAAAUAUGCAUGCUUGUAAGGGAUUGGAGUUAUGUUCACCUGGGGUGAUUCUGUGAAUCAAGUAUCUUGCAGAUGUCCUUGAAGAGCCAGCAACCACUGUGACAGUUAAAACUUGGUGCUUGACUAUUAGUCAUUUACAAGGUUUCAUCUACCUUAUGGUCUGUAAGUUGGUGUUGUCCAUAAAUCACAACAGGGUCACUGGCUGUUUUUAUCUAACCAGGUGAUGUAUACCCAUCCCUGCCAGCUGCCCAUACACAUUGCAGAUUGAACUGGGCAUGCUCCCUUUAUCCUCGUUCCUUCACUCUGGACAGAUAUUUUAGCAGCACUGAAGCACAAUUCACUAACUUCAAAAUUCACACCCUCUGUCAGCUAUUGAAAUCACUUGGUGGGGGAAGGAGACUGCUGACUAGGGCUGCGUCUGUGCUGCCUUGUUAAAGUGUUCUGAAUGCUCUGCAAAUUUAGUGCAUCUAAAUGUUUAUUCAUUUUCCAUUUCAAAGUUUUUAAUUUGUUUUCAUCCUUUCAGAGUGCCCAAUGUUUUCCAUGCCUGUUUCCACCUCUUAUCCACUAGUUCCUGUUUCCCACCCAUGUGAAUCUGGUUCCAUCAUCCAAUACCUAACUUAGUUCAGUUCCACUAUUACCUACUAAACCCUGUCUGGCACCUCCCUCACCUUUAUACUGCCUGUCUGUACUCUACACUUUGUCCUGAUGCAGGGUUUAACCGGAAACAUCAAAUCAUACCUUUUCCUCCACAAAUGCUGCCUGACCCGCUGCAUGCUUUUUGUUUUGUUUUAGAGUUCAGCAUUUGCAGUUGCUUUUGUCUUCAUCAGUUUUGUUUCUAAAACAACAGUGGAUUGGAUACUAAUCGUGGGGGCCCUUGCCUUCUGGUACCACAAGUCAGAGAUAUGCAUUGAGUGCAGUGAUGACACUCAAAUUCCACAUCCAGAACAAACAGCCUAUUAGAUAGGUACCCCCAUGUACCUGUAUGUACCUUCUACAAACUGCACUGUAACUAUUUACAGUACCUAGGCAACUGUGGUAGCACCUCUCAAAUCUAUGACCUCUGCCACAGAGAAGGACAAGGCAAGGGGAUUAGGGAUAGUCAGCAUGGCUACUUGCAUGGGAAAUCAUGGUCUCUCAUAUUUGGAUUGAGUUUCUUGAAGAGGAUUGAUGAGGCUAGGGUGGUAGAUAUGUCUAUGUUAACUUUAACAAACACUCUGACAAGGUCCUAUAUUAUAGGCUGCUAUGGAGGUUAGAACAUGGGAUUGGGGGGAGUUAGCAAUUGGAUACAAAAUUGGCACAAAGACAUGGGGUAUUAAAAAGUGGAAUUUGGGCAGAUGGGGUGAUGGGGCACUGAGUAUGAGCGUCAGGAUGUCAUGUCACAGUUUACAAAUGCUGAUCAGGCCACACUUGAAGUAUUGUGUGCAAUUCUGGCCGCCACAUUACUGGCUUUUUCAGGUGGCAGAGUUGCAGUCAACUCGGUGGAGGAGACUUUAUGCAGGUGCAGGAGAGAGCGAUUUCAGCUUCUCUCGGCGCAGUCAUGAAUCGUUAGCAAGGGCAAUUAAAAAUAAGGCAGGGACAAGCAGAGCAACCAUUGUUGGAGUGUUAGGCUUUGGCUCAUCAGGCUUCGGCAAGAUAAAUAUCUGGUGAGUUUCUUCUUCAUUCUAAAUUCUUCAUAUGUUAGUGCAUAGUUAAAGCAGUGAGAAUGGCUCCAGGGGCUGUGUUGUGUUCUUUGUUUGAGAUGUGCAAAUUCUGGAACACCUCCAGCCUCGCAGAUAACCACAUCUGCACCAGGUGCUCAGAGCUGCAUCUCAAUAACCUACAGCUCAUACAGGAAACUGAGGCGGUGACAGAUAGGAGCUACAGAAGGGUAGUCACCCCCAAGUUGCAGGAGGCAGGUAACUGGGUGACUGUCAGGAGAGGAAAGGUAAAUAGGCAACCAAUACAGAGUACCUUUGUGGCCAUUCCCCUCAAUAAUAAGUAUACCUUUUGGGAUAUUGUUGAGGGGACUGACUUACUGUGGGGGGGGGGGGGGAGGAGAGCCAAAGCAACCUGUUCUCUGGCACUGAGUCUAGUACUGUGGAUCAGAAGGGAAAGUGGGAGAAGACUGCAGUGGUGAUAGGGGAUUCCAUAGUUAGAGGAGUAGACACAAGAUUCUGUGGAUGUAAUAGAGACACCUGGAUGGUGCCUCCCAGGUGCCAGGGUCAGGGACGUCUCAGCCCCACUUCCCAGCUUUUGCCUCGUAACCUUCGAUGCCAUGUCCAACUAAGAACCUAUCAAUCUCUGCCUUCAAUACACCCAACAACCUGGCUUCCACACCUGUGGUAAUAAAUAACACAAAUCUACCACCCUUUGGCUAAAGGAAUUCCUCUACAUCUCUGUUUUAAAUGGACACCCCUCUAUCCUGAGGCUGUGCCCCACUGUCCUAGACUCCCCCACCAUGGGAAACAUCCUUUCCACAUUUACUUUGAAAUGCUUCAAAUGUUGAAAGGCCUAGACAAUGAGAUUCACCUCCCCCCAAUCUUUCUAAAUUCCUGUGAGUACAGACGUAGAGCCAUCUAAUGUUCCUCGUGUGAUAACCCUUUCAUUCCCGGAAUCAUCCUUGUGAACUUCCUUUGAACCCUUUCCAGUGCCAGCGUAUUUUAGUUGAACACAAAACUGUUCACAAAGGGCAGAAGUUAGUGCUAUCACUAUAAAUAGGAGAAGGUGCUUGGGGAAACUGAAAGGUCUGAAGGUAGAUGAGUCACCUGGACCAGAGGGACGCGGAAGCUGGUGGGGUGGUAGGUGAGGACAAGAACUUGGUAGGGUGGCGGGAAGAUGGGGGUAAGAGCAGGCAUGCAUGAAAUGGAAGAAAUGCGGUUGAGGGCAGCGUUGAUGGUGGAGGAAGGGAAGCCCUGUUCUUUGAAAAAGGAGGACAUCUCCUUCAUCGUAGAAUGAAAAGCCUCAUCCCCGAGAGCAGAUGCGGCUUUUCCAUACAAAAAUCACAAGUAUGUAAAAUAAAAAAUGAUGUUAAACUUAAAGAUUAAAUAAAAAUUCAUUAAAUGCAAGGUUAAAUAAAUGGGUUUUGAGCUGGUGUUUAAAAGUGUCAUCUGAGUCUGCAUCCCUUAUAGUUUUAAGGAAUUGAAUUCCGGUUUAGAUGUGUAGUUUAGAAAAAAGAUGACCUGCCAAUGCAUUUUGAGGGUGAUUGUUUAAAUUUCAGAGACUGACAGAAGAGGACCUGAGAGCUUGAGCAUGAUUAUAAAAUGAAAACAAUUCUGUGAUUUACUUUGGUCCCAGAGCAUUAAGAGCUUUAAAAACAAGAAAGGGAACUUUAAAAUCAAUUCUAAAAGAUACAGGAAGCCAAUACAGACU